AUGUUUAAAACAGAAGUAUUUGAAGUUAAAAACAUAAAUAAAACUAACGAUGGAAAAGAGAAAAAAAGAAAAGAACAGAGCACCACUACCAAUAAUACAGGUUCUGAGACUAAGCAGAGCAUUUCCAAUAACAGAGACAAAAAAGUCUUGGUUAAACCACCAACUCCUAAGCAUUCUAAAAACGCCAGCGUUGAAGAGCGGUUAUGUUAA